AUGGCUAAAAAGGAUAAAAAGAAAAAAGAUGAAAACAGCGAACCGCCAGAUGCUGAUGCCCAAGAUGAACUGCUCCUGGCUACUACUGAUUUCGAGCCUGAACCAGAAGAAGUCCAGUACACAGAUACUUCUUACACCAGUGCCUCUUUUGAAUCAUUGCCACCUGUUAUUGAAGAACCAAAACCCAAAAAGAAGAAGGGAAAAAAACGAACUGAAGAGACUGUUGAAGAAAUUGUCAAGAAGACAAGCAGUGAGUUGUUCCAGUGGUCUGAAGAUUCUCUUCCAGCAGAAGAGCAAGUUGCAAAAGUUGAAGAAGAACAGGUUGUAGUCAAGAAAAAGGGCAAGGGAAAGAAAGGCAAAAAGGAAAAAGAAGACAUACCUGCUUUCGAAAAGCCAAAGAAUUGGAAAAAGAUGAAUAAGAAAGAAAGAGAAGCUUGGCUUCUGCAGAGGAUAGAAGAAUGGAGAGCGGAGAAGGAAGCAGAAAAACAAGCGAUUCUGGCUGGUGCGAAAGAGAAGAGAGCAGCGCUGGCUCGAGAACGGGCAGAACUAAUGGCUAGAGACAUUGCUGAGCAGGAAAUCAGAAGAGAUAUACUGGCAAAGACAGUUAAUCUUUUUCAUAGAUUCGAAAAGCAAAAAUAUGAAUUUGGAAGAAAAAAGCAACUCGAAUCUGAGUGGCAACAGUACCUACGCUGUGAUGGUCUCCCUGAUCCUCGUGUGGUGACACAGAUGAAUACAUACAUACACGUGUGGAGAGAGAGCGGUGUGUGUGAUGAUGAUGAGCUGAACCGUAGAUGUCAAGAAGUUUUACCGAUGUUAGAGAUGCUAGAAGAAUUUAUCGCAAACUCCAGGCAAUACACAGCACUGCAGACGAAAAGUUACAAUGAGGUACGCAUUGCUCUACGAGAACAGUUAUCUAAUGCUAUCCAAUGCGCAUCAUUCACUCUACUCCGAGACCUCGAAACACGUCUGAAAUGGGACUCCAUAAAACUAGCCACCUACCAGAGAGAAUUCAAGGGGCUCAGACUUAACCUCUGGGUAGCUGUUCCUCUGCCGACGAGGAAACCUAAGCCGGUUGAGCCUGAAAGAGAACCAGUUGAACUGUCCUUCCCAUCAAUGAAGGUAGCGGUCAAACUACCCAAGAUUAUAGAUGGUACGCGUGUGUGUGUGCGUGCAGCUCGGUCCAUGAUCGAUUUGCUCAGUGAGAAUUCUCGAAGCUUUGCCUUAGCUGCAGAUAUGCCAAAUAGAUAUGAAGAUCUCUUUAUCUUCAAUGUGAAAGAGCACGAGGCAACGUACAGACUGAAAAAAGAACAAGAUGAAAUAAGAUCGAAGUUUUACAAGGAGAUACGAGAUAAAAUCAAAGAGGUCGAAACUUUUCUAAAAGCAAAUCCAUAUACAAAAAAUGAAAAAGAAAAGGAGGAGCUAGACAACCUGAAUAUGGCCGAACCGCCGUUUUUACCUGAUCCUAGGACAUUCAUCGGCGAGGAGAAUGAGCAGGCGUUCGCGAAAUACCUUAAAAGUUGCGUUACAAGGACAAGAAGUGGUGAAGUUAAUCUACGGAAAUACAGGAUUUGCAGUGGAGUGUUAAAUCUUGAUCUACUGAUCACACCGCCUCAGCCGAAGAGGAUUACAGGAGCGAUCACUAUGACGACAUUACAGCUGCCAAAAUCUCUUCAAGCAAUGAAAUAUCAGGUACAGUACAGAGCCCCGUCUCCCCCUCCGCCAGGAGUUACCAGAACUCCCGAGGAAAUUGAAGCCGAACUCAAAAAAGUCGAGGCUCAGUAUGAGAAGCUAGCUCUGGUUUGUAUUGACCUUCCACAAGAUGUGAUGUGGACGGAACCGCCAGUGAUAUGCCAGUGGCAGGAAGCGAGACGUCUUUGGACCAGUAACUACGUGAACGAUUACAAGUUCAAUGAGGACAAACUCACCGUGCAGUUCAGGACUGGAGUUCUUUGGCCAAUCGGAAUAGCAGCACUAAGAUACGGAAAUAUGCCGUACCAGGGGUGGGAUGUGAGACCAGAUCCCAAUAGUAAAGGCGUAAUAAUAUCAGUAACGGGUGUGUGUGUCACUGUUACUUGGAUUUGUAUUGGAAACACUGUCAAGUUGAAAUGGAUUGCCAACGCAACGACAUCAGCGCUAAAGGAACACUUCGAUAAGGCGUACAGUGUGAAGAGAAUGAUGCAGAUAAUGCGCGAAGCGGCCUGCGAUUUCUUCCCAGAUUUCGACGCCCAUAACCACAUAGAAGGCACGAGUCCCAAGGAAUGGGUGAUGGAGAGACACCACUACCACGCCAUGGCGUUCCUGUCAAGAGCCUACCAUUUUCAAUGGAGUAGGUGGAAUACUACGGCAGGCAGCCGUAAUAUAAUAAUGCAAUUACGAGAAGCGGUCGAUACGAAAAGAGAGGCUAAGUUUCAAUUACUCCACGUCACACCCCAAUGCGCGACUAUCCUCAAAUGCAUCGAGCUUUCCCAAGAAUUUAAUACGGAACCAAUAGUUGGCUUACAGUUCUAUCCAGACCUAUUCACGCUGAACAUGUCCUACGGGUCGGUGGACGCACGUCGGGUCACGUUCAAUAUGAAGUACAAACUUGUUGAGACUGUGUUCGACAUGUUGCAGGAGUUGAAACUGUGUAGCUAUUCUUGAAAUAUACAUACCUACUCAAAUUAUGAA